AUGGUCGAAUUAUUGAGUUCUGGUCUUGAUCCAAACUAUGAAGGAGGUUGGCCCAUUAGACUUGCCGCUCGACUUGGAUCCUACUCGGUAGUAAAAUCGCUAAUCCAACAUGGUGCGGAUCCGCAUUUAUUGAGUGAAUCUGGCGCAUCAACACUUCAGCUAGCUGUAUUUUCCAACGUGCAUUGGGAAACUGAUAGAUGGAACUUCCUUUUGUCUUGUUGUGACUCCUCUCAAUUGGGGGAUGGUGCCGCUGUUGCUAUUAUUUUCAGUAAUAUUCCGGCGCUUAUAAAAAUUUUAGAAACUGGUCGUUGCAAUACGAACAUUCCCACAACAUUAACAGGUAAAACUGUUGAAAAUUUAGCAAAAGGUUACAAAGUGCAUUACGUACUUAACAGACCAUCAGGUCAGGUAAACAGUAGACAAGAAACAACGAAUCCUUCUCCACGGAUGUCGAGACAAAAUAGACCGCCGAGUUGCAGUUCAGGAACUAUUAUUACGCAUCACCACCGCAACUUAUCCCCGUCAGUCGCUAGAUUCUUCCACCAAACAGCCGGUCAAAGCGGUUUAACGCCACCUAGGAGUCCCAUUAUAAUCUCAUCACCAACUAUUCGCCCGUGACUGCUUGGUUUCCUGGCCACAAGUAAUCAUGCGUAACCUAACAGUUAAUUGACUAAGCUAUGAAAAAAUAUACCUGCCCAAUAUAACUCCACGAUUAAAUAAAUAAAAAAAAGCAAUUUAAAUUGUGGAAAUUGCGCAAGCAACAGCAUGCUGGGUUUUACACUUAUGAUUUAAAUUCUACUCUAUACCGCUUAUAAUAACGAUGUACGGGUCACAAUCCGAAGAAUAAGGUCCAGCGUGCUGUUGCUUAAAAUAACGUUUAAUGAGUUUACAAAUAACGGUAAAAGUAAAGGUGUCGAUCGAGACUAUCGGCUGCAUUCAAUAUGACUGGACCAAUGCAGACCAACAAGAAUAACAUUAUGUAUAAAAUUGAGCAUAAUAGUUCAAUGCGUUUUCUUUGGCCUGCCUUCAUUGUUUAAUUCACGAUAAUUUUACGUAAUGACCUAACUAUGCACAAUAAUCACGGGGUUAAAAAGUGGGGGCACCCAAAGCGUAACACGUAAGUAAUAGUGGGCAAAAGAAUUUUUUGGUAAGAGAUCUAAAUAGAAACUCAUUUACUUUUAAGUACACCAUUAUAUAUGAGCCUGUCAGCGCAAU